AUGGGGAUUUCCUUUACAUGUCCAUUUGCCAAGUACAAUGAUGUGGAAGAUGGCCUAGACUCUAUGGUUGUAAAAUCCAUCAACUUUGGCAAUGAUGAAAACAAUACCCCAGUACGAUCAGUCAGUUUCAAAAAUGAAGUUUUAGAACCCACCAUCCUUAAAUCUCUAGGUUCUGGGAAGAUGACAAUAAAGGCAUCUGUGAGCUUCAAAAGAAAAGAUGUUGAUAACAUUAUCUCAACCGAUACCCUUUCAUUUGACACACAGCUCUCAAGGAUUAGCAAAAAGUGCAAAGAAAUGGAUGAUCAGUCUUUUAAUUCAGAAUGUCAAGUGGAAACGAUCCAAUCAGCACUUUUGAAUCCAAACAGCCCCAAACACAUUGCUGCACUUAAAUUGCAGAAAGUAUACAAGAGCUUCCGUACAAGAAGAAAGCUAGCAGAUUGUGCAAUUCUUGUUGAACAAAGCUGGUGGAAGCUCUUAGAUUUUGCUGAACUCAAACGCAGCUCUAUAUCUUUCUUUGACAUUGAGAAACAUGAAACUGCCAUUUCACGUUGGUCUAGAGCUAGAACUAGAGCUGCUAAGGUUGGAAAAGGUUUAUCAAAAGAUGACAAAGCACAAAAGCUUGCUCUGCAGCAUUGGCUUGAAGCGAUUGACCCACGCCAUCGCUAUGGACAUAAUCUCCACUUCUAUUAUGAUAAAUGGCUUCAGUGUCAGAGCAGAGAACCCUUCUUCUACUGGCUGGAUAUAGGAGAAGGAAGGGAAGUAGUUCUUGAGAAGUGCCCUCGUUCUAAGCUUCAACAACAGUGUAUUAAAUAUCUGGGUCCGAUGGAAAGGUUGCCUUAUGAAGUAGUUGUGGAAGAUGGAAAGUUCUUCUACAAGCAAUCUGGUGAGCUCCUUCAUACUACUGGAGAAGAAGAUGCACAUUCCAAAUGGAUUUUUGUCCUUAGUACAUCUAAGACAUUGUAUGUUGGCAAGAAGUCUAAAGGUUCAUUUCAGCAUUCUAGCUUCUUGGCUGGAGGAGCUACAUCUUCUGCUGGGAGACUAGUGGUUGAUUAUGGUAGCUUGAAGGCAGUUUGGCCUCACAGUGGCCACUAUCGUCCGACAGAACAGAAUUUUAAGGAAUUCAUUUCAUUCCUUCAGGAGAACAAUGUGAACCUUUCAGAUGUCAAGAUGGCUCCAGUUGAUGAGAUUGAUGAAUCACGUUCACUGAGAAGCAGUAGUCAUCUUAGAAGCGACUCAUCUGAAGAGGACUUCACUGAGAACAUGAGUGGCUUAGAGACUGAAGAGACCAUUGUCCAAGACCUAGUUGCAAAGAAGGCCAAUUUGAUAGAAACAAAAACGGCUUCUGCAUUGAUGGCACCUAGCACAAGGCAAUUGCAUAUGCUUGAAAGAGAACUGACAAAUCUUGAAAUACCAAAAAGGGGUCAAGUGUUUGAAGGACUAGAAAAUGAGAAAGGAGGUGCAGGGCAAAAUUGUGCGAGUUUCCAAAGGGAAUCUCCUGGUCAAGAAAUAGCACAAGCAUAUGUAUCAGAUUUAGAUCACACAAUUCCAAAGGAAAACUUCUCUGAUGACAAUGACAUAGAAACCAUUCCACAAGAGUCAAUACUUAAAAGAAUCAACUCACAUAAAGAACUGAAAUCAUAUCAACUAGGGAAGCAGUUGUCUUGCAAAUGGACAACUGGUGCUGGACCGCGCAUUGGCUGUGUGCGCGACUAUCCUUGCGAACUUCAGUUCCGAGCUUUGGAGCAAGUUAAUCUGUCACCAAGAAGUGGAUCUCGCUCUAAAUCAUCCUUUGCUCCUAGAACCACCACUGGGUUGAGCUCUAGUGUUUCAUCUCUAGCAAGUUUAUGUGGGGACACAACAACUGAACCACAAGUUGAAAAUAAAAGUAUGUCUCAAAGAGACGAGCUCAAUUCAAGAUCAGAAUUCUCCCCAUUGAUCAGAGGAACAUCAGUGAUACCAGUUAUUCGUAUGUCAUGA